UGUUGGGAAAUACAAUUGUUGGUAAGUGCAGUGUUGAAGUACGUUACGCGACUGUGUGACAGUCGCUUGGUAACUUUUUGGAGGAUUUCUUUGUGACUUUGUUUGCGAAUAACGCACGUUUAAACCGAUGGAGGAUAACGGAACAGACGGGAAGGGUGUUAAAUAUUAUCGUUUGUCAGAAGUGGAGGAGCGGAACUCUUUUAAAAGCACAUGGAUUAUCAUCCAUAAUAAAGUGUACGACGUCACGAAGUUUCUCGAGGAGCACCCGGGAGGAGAGGAGGUGUUACGAGAGCAGGCGGGUGGAGAUGCUACAGAGAGUUUCGAAGAUGUCGGGCACUCCACAGAUGCCCGAGAGAUGGCCAGUUCUAUGCUUAUAGGAGAGCUUCAUCCAGAAGACCGAGACAAACUAGGCCAGCCACCAGAAUCACUUGUAACAACUGUUCAAGAAACAACAAGCUGGUGGUCAAACUGGUUGAUACCCGCUCUCGCUGCAGUUAUCGUCACGUUGAUGUACCGUGUAUACACAGCAGAGGAGGCAUGAUGGGAUGCUUUUCCUUCUAUAAAUGCUGAACUACAAUGCCCAUUAUCCAUUUCAGGUUAUUUUUCCAUAACUAUAAAGAUUUAUACUAAUGAAGGCAGUUAAUUGUGUUAGUUUCAAUGUUUGUUGUCAUGUAUCCCGUGAGACAUAAAUACUGAUGUUUCUUAAGAUAUAUGAAAGUAUACUUUAGAUCUACUACAAGCAUUAUAAUUAUGUAUACUAAAGAUGAAGUCUUGAUUGUCAAAUGGUUUUGCUGUUGUGUAAUACUAUGCGUAUACCACUUUUUCAGUCGCCCACGAUGAAAUGAGAAAUGUCGAAUAAGCUGUAUAUUACUACACAUAAACACGUUUUGCACCUCAAAGAAAUCAUUUGGUUAAGUUUAAAAAAGUUUGAAUCUUUACCUGUUUAAGUUCAACACUGUAGUAAUACAGAAUUUAACUGUGGAAACUAUCAUAUUUCACCCCAACAAUUUGGCAAAAAAUACAAUACAAUUUUAUUUUAUAACCUCAAAGAGGACGAAAACACAUUCCCACUUAUGACUGUUAUGUGAAAAGUCAGUUUUUUCAUUGAGGUGAACUAUAAUCACUAUAUCACAUGAUCAUUACCCAGUAAAGUUUGAUCAGUUGAUUUAGCACACAAACAUUUUUCAUACAGCCAGAAUAUGCACAACCUAACCAAAAGCUUUGUUUAAUUUCUUUUUAUCUGAAUUGAAUGUAGGUUAAUGACCUUUUGUACUUAUAGGACAAGUAAUCUUAUAACCAUGAAGACCAUCAGAAAUCACUAUUAUCUGUGGUAAAGAUUCCAUAUGAAUGAAUGCAUAUCUGUGCACAUGAAUGGUGCUGAUACAUUCCCUUUAUAACAACAUCGAAUGUAAAAUACUUUUAUAUAACACAAGUGGUUUUCCCAUAGAAGUGUUCAUCAAUGUAGAAUCUUGCACAAGCAGAUGUACAAGAUUUGUAGAUGAUGCAGUGUGUCUUCAUUCCUGUUCAAAUGCUGCUACCACGCUAAUGUUAAUGGCUGAGAAAUACACACUGUAACUUGCAAGUGUUCUGAUGUCACAUUGAUGCUGGAAUGCAGCAUUUAAAUCCAUCAGCUUUAUUGUGUCUUAAUAAACUAGUAAACCUUUAAAGAAAUGAUUCAUUUGUAAAGAAGCGGUUUGGCACCAGGAUUUAUUUACACACAUAAGCCACUGUAUUUGGAUUAUUUACAUCGGUAUGACAGAAAUGUAACAACAUUGACAUCUGCUGGUGAAUUAGAGUUACAGCAAACUUCUCCAAAAAUUUGAAUAAGAAAUUUUUUUUUUUUAAUAGUGAACCAUUUUAAAUAUAGUGACAUACACAGUACACGAUGUUUUUAUAUUGUAAUUAAAGUUAAUCUUUAAUAAAAAAAUUAAGUU